AUGGGGAAGAAAGUAAGAAAGUUCAAACCCUUUAAACAGUACCGCUUCUUAGUGGGGGCCGUAUCAAAGCCUUACUGUGUUGCUGAUCUAAAAGAGUUCAAUAAGCACCGAUAUAAAGUAUUUACCGCUACCCCUUGUAUAGACAACAAGCCUUUGAGAAUGCAUCCCGCUAAUUAUUUAAAAAAAGGGAAAAUAUUAGACGACGUAUUGAGACUGAAGCAAGUAGAUAAAGAAAACAAGGAUUUACUCAAAAGAAUAAAUGUAAUUAACAGGAAAGGGGGUAUCAUUGAUUGCUACAAUCCACUGGCUUAUAGAAGAACUGAUAAUUGGCGGACUUUCUACAAAAAACUGAAAUUGAUCGAUGCAGAGAAUAAGGUGAUAUACAAACUGAUAACGAAAGUGCACAGCCAUUAUGCCAAAGAAGACUUGAAUAAACAUUGGCACAAAACUCUUGAGAAAAUGAAACAUUCCUGCAAAAUGCCAUAUAACAUUUUGGAUAAAGUGAGCAUUGACGAAACCCUUAAGGCUUGCCCUUCGAUAAGUGAAGGUCUUGAAAAAGGCAAUGUUGACAGGCCCCUAUGUUUUUUGGAAUUUCAAGAAAAAGAAGGCAGACCUGUUGGUCGAAUUGUAGUGGAAUUAUAUUACGAUCAUGUUCCUGUUACUGUACAGAAUUUCUUAGAAAUUUGUAAUGGGGAGAAAUUAACUUACAAAAAUUGCUUAGUUCAUAGAAUAGUUAAAGGGAAAUUUUUGGAAACGGGGGAUAUUACAAAGGGUAACGGUAGAGGAGGUUUUUCAAUUUAUGGUGAAACUUUUCAUGAAGAAAAUCAUAUGUUGAAGCAUACUAGAGCUGGAAUCCUUUCUAUGAAAAGGAUAGGUAUGUCUGAGAAUAAUUCACAAUUUUGUAUUACAUUUACAAAAAUGGAACAAUUAGAUCACAACAAUGUAGUGUUCGGUAAAGUAGUAAAAGGCAAUGACACAUUGUUCAAGAUUGAAGCUUAUGGGCGAAAAAUUGGGAAGCCCUACGCUGAAAUAAUUAUUUCAAAAUGUGGGCAACUGCCUCUUCCUUCUAACUAA